GAAGACAACCGCGAAGAAGAAGUCGCUGCCCGUCACGCUUAACAAAGAAGUGAUAUUUUGGAAUUAACACUCAUUUUAAGGGGGGGAAAAAAAAGCACUACCUUAACUGCCUACUGAGCAGAAGGACCAACCAUGGCCAACCCAGUGAUGGAAUAUGUAGCUAAGGUGGUAGAAGAGUCAGUCAAGGUGAUUGAAGAACAGGUGGAUGGAGAGUUGAGCAAGUUGGACGAUGACAUGGACAGACUGAGGGAGAAGCGGCUGCAGGCACUUAAAGCGGCACAGAAACAGAAGCAGGACUGGUUGUCUAAAGGCCACGGAGAGUACAGAGAAAUUCCCAGCGAGAAAGACUUCUUCGGCGAAGUCAAAGAGAGCAAGAACGUAGUGUGUCAUUUCUACAGAAACUCCACUUUCAGGUGUAAAAUUCUGGACAAACACUUGGCUAUCUUGGCCAAAAAGCACAUCGAGACCAAAUUUAUCACACUGGAUGUGGAGAAGGCCCCGUUCCUGUCAGAGCGGCUGAGGAUUAAAGUCAUUCCAACCCUGGCUCUGCUCAUCGACGGUAAAACUAAGGACUACGUAGUUGGUUUCACUGACCUAGGAAACACGGACGAGUUUUCCACAGAGAUGCUCGAAUGGAGGCUCGGCUGCGCCGGUGUCAUUAACUACAGUGGGAACCUGAUGGAGCCCCCCACACAGACACACACAUCUGCCAAAAAGUUCACAAAAGUGGAGAAGAAAACCAUCAGAGGACGAGGUUAUGACUCAGACUCAGAUUCUGAGGUCGACUGAAAAGUACCACCAUCACCGUGGUUUGUUUGUUGUUUUUUUUUUUGUUUUGUUUUUUUUCCCUCUCCUCGGGGCUGCCUCAUUACAGCAGGACGGCCCACUGUGCAUUUGUAUCUUUAUGGGACUUGCCCCCACUGCUUUUAAUAGGUUUCCCUUUUUCUUUUUUAAUUUAUUGUCAUCUCAAAUGUAAUGAUUAGUCUUUAAUGCCUUUUGGCAGUGUUAUCUAAAAUCACCUGCAAAAUCUCCAUCUACAGUAACAUACAGGCUGCAGGCGAUGCUUCCAACAGUAAAGGAUUAAAUUCGUACCUGUUUAGAUUCAGAUAUUGUGUUUUAAUCAACUCAGACCAGUUUGUAAUGAAAGGACUGCCAUCAUCUCGCCUUUUGUGGAAGAGACCGUUGCAGUGGCAAAGUUUGGAACUAUGAAUAACAAUAACUCAGUGGUAAGACUGGGACAAGGGAAUCGGAAGGAGUUGCACCGUCUCUCCACCAUCUUAUUUGUCGUGGGAAUGAAACUGCUUAAGAAUCAUCCGCUAACCUCCAGUAAGAGCCUUUAUGGAUGACCGAACCAUAACAGCAUCUCGCAUACAGGCAAGGUUGGAAAGUGGCCAGCAACUUCCAGAUCCAAGGGGAGGUUAUACCAUCAAUUGGAGAACACAAUAAAAUGUCAGGAGGUGGUUUGAUGCUCCUGACACACAGACACCAUACAUUUGGGAUGGAGAAGCAGGUUGACUGCUGGCUGGCUGGCUAAGAAAGAUUGAGGGAUCAGGCCUGCAGGAAAGCUUAAAGACCAACAAACUGACUUCGAUUCAGUGAGUCAGAGAUUUUAGGCUGUCUGAGACUGAAGAUAACCAGUCAAGGUAUAGAUCCCCCACUAACACAAACUUACCAGAGUUUGUGUUAGAUAGUUAAAGAACUUGGAGCCUCACAACGGACUGAGGGGGGCCUAUAACAGCCCGUGGCUGUAAGGGACUGUCUGUUGAAAUUCAAGUUUCAUUGCCAAAAAUUUAAACUGUUUGCUAACACAUCAGUAUAUAUAACACCUUAAGUAUACUGACUUAGUCUGAGCAUGCAGGAGUAAAGGGUGGCAGGCCUGGUUGAUCCCACUGGAGGACGUGUGUAGCAGAGUUUAGGGAUUUGUGUGUAAGACUCUUAACAGCUCCGGGAAGGGAGAGGAGGUCUGGCUGACGGGUUGUGGGAGGCAGCGGAAGGCGCCUCUUGGUGACUCUAAAUCAAGUGGGAGGAAUUGAGCUGGAAGCCAGAAGAUGGGCAGCAACUAGACAUCGCUGCCGACCCGCCAGGUGGAGGACAUUGUGGUUCAGGAUGGAAGUAUCUGGUAAAGGUUGGAUGCAUCCUGAUGGCGUCAUCUCCUGAUUCUAUUCUGGAUUGGAAUCCCAAUUUAGUUGAAGGCCUGCUAAGAUUCACACUCAUCAGUUAGAUCCCAAUUCACUCUGCAACUCUUAUUUUUUACAUUUGCCACUGUAAUGAAUUGUACAGAGUGCCAAAAAUCUGAUUUACAGAUCUUUCAUUUAGCAAGAUAACUGAUCCUGAUUUAAUAAAGACUU